UCACCAAAAGCCAACAAACUUCUCUGUUCGGUGGAUCUAAAUUUUGGUCAACUUUCGGGAUCGAAUGGACCUUGAGCAAAGAUGGGAAAAUAGUUCCAAGGACAUAGUGUGCUCGCCGUGGAGAGUAUAAAUAGUUGCCAUGUAGCAACACUCUGAAAUGACGAUUGGAAAUAUUACAGCAGAGCCCUCACAUCCAACCGAUUUAUUUUUACUUCAAGGGAAAACUACACAUGCGAUGUGAAGCGCUUCGUCGCAGUUUGGCUCUCAGCGAGUGCAGCUUUUCAGAGCAUCAGAGAUCUUGCCGGUGACAUUUCCCCCCCUCCGUCAAGGAAGAAGCUCGAGUGAGGAAGCGAAUAUGCUGUCGGAUAGGCAGCUGGUGGUUGUGCAGUUCAGAUCUUGGCUUGAGUAGAUGGACGAAGGGAGCGGCUGGAGCCGGGAACCAGGUCAACUAAUCCACAUUCAUAGAGCCUGCGGCGACAUAUAAUGGAUCGUUAUCCAUCUUCAAAGCUUUGAGUGCGAACUGAUGAGGUGGUUGACUUCUUCUUCAGCACACAGAGAGGAGAGACUUUUUUUCUGUCCACGGAAUCGGGACAGGUCGAGGAAGCAGGAACCAAAAGUGGUCAGAGGAACUACGUCGAGGAGUACAGCUAGGCUUGAAAGUAACAGCUAGGCAACAUCGAGUACGGCAGGGAAGGUGACCCAGAAGAGACAAGUUUGACUCGGAUCAAAACAAGAAACGGAAUCUGCCUCCUGCUUUCUCAUGACCAAUAUGUGUCUGGAUACUUGAGUAGACCAAACAAGUUACGAUCACCGUCUACUUUCUAUGAACUAACAUGGACAAAGUGGUCAUCAGUCUCCUGCUGCUGGGAAUCACGUUUACAACGGUCCAUGCAUGUCCCAAAUACUGUGCGUGCCAGAACCUCUCAGAAUCUCUGGGGACGCUUUGUCCCUCCAAAGGCCUCCUCUUUGUCCCGCCGGACAUUGAUCGGCACACUGUGGAACUACGACUGGGCGGCAACUUUAUCCUCAAGAUAACCACUCAGGACUUUGCCAACAUGACAGGUCUGGUAGACCUCACCUUGUCCCGUAACACGAUCAGCACUAUCCAGCCUUUUUCCUUCAUCGACCUGGAGACCCUGAGAUCUCUUCACCUUGACACCAACAGAUUGACUGAGCUGGGUCCAGAUGACCUCAAAGGUCUGAUCAACCUGCAGCAUCUGAUCCUCAACAACAAUCAGCUGAGUCGCAUCUCCAAAGCCGCCUUUGACGACCUGUUGCUGACACUUGAAGAUCUGGACUUGUCGUAUAACAACCUACGCAGUGUGCCUUGGGAAGCCAUCCGAAAGAUGGUCAACCUCCAUCAGAUGAGUCUGGACCAUAAUCUUAUCUCAUUCAUUGCUGAGGGGACUUUUACAGACCUGGAAAAAUUGGCUCGUUUGGACCUUACUUCCAACCGUUUGCAGAAGCUCCCACCGGACCCUAUCUUUGCACGCUCACAAACUAGCAUUGGCAUGAGUACUCCAUACAUACCACCAUUGUCCCUAAGCUUUGGUGGAAACCCAUUGCACUGCAACUGUGAGGUGCUUUGGCUUAGGAGGCUCGAACGAGAGGAUGACAUGGAAACCUGUGCUUCUCCUACAAGUGUGAAAGGACGCUACUUUUGGUCUGUCCAAGAGGAGGAAUUUGUUUGUGAGCCUCCCCUCAUCACACAGCAUACAAACAAAUUGCUCGUGCUAGAGGGCCAAACUGCUAGUCUCCGCUGCAAGGCAGUUGGAGAUCCAAUGCCAACUGUGCACUGGGUUGCCCCUGAUGACCGACUGAUCAGCAAUUCUUCUCGAGCAACUUUGUAUGAAAAUGGCACCCUUGAUAUCACAGUCACAACAUCCAAGGAUUAUGGUACAUUUACAUGCAUAGCUGCGAAUGCUGCUGGGGAAUCUACAGCCUCCAUAGAGCUCUCAAUCAUACAGCUCCCUCACCUCACAAAUGGUACAAACCGUACCACCCAGUCCAAGUCUGGUCUUUCAGACAUAACGAGCUCAACCAAGAUGAGUAAAGGGGAGCCUAAAACUAUUCCUGAGAAUGUGGUAUCUGUCUCAGAAGUGGCCUCAGCUUCAGCCCUGAUUAAGUGGACUGUAGGCAAAUCAACACCGAAGGUCAAAAUGUAUCAGCUUCAGUACAAUUGCUCUGAGGAUGAAGUUCUCAUUUACAGGAUGAUUCCCAUGACUAACAGAGCUUUCGUAGUCACCAAUCUUGUCCCGGGCAUGCAGUAUGAUCUGUGUGUAUUGGCCAUCUGGGAUGACAGUGCCACCACGCUCACAGCCACCAACAUUGUUGGCUGUGUCCAAUUCAUGACCACGGAUGACUAUCCCCAAUGCCAGUCUCUUCACAGUGGUUUCCUGGGUGGCACCAUGAUCUUGGUCAUUGGCGGAAUCAUUGUGGCCACGCUACUGGUGUUUAUCAUCAUCCUCAUGGUGCGCUAUAAGGUGACCAGCGGUAUCCAGACGAUAAAGUUACCCACUGUAAGUAAUACUUACUCACAGACCAAUGGGGGUAUGAACAGGUUCAACGGCGCCCCGCCACAAGUCAAGUCGGCCGUGGUGGUCAUGCGUGAGGAAAUGGUCGAGUUUAAAUGUGGAUCCCUUCAGAGCAGCAUCUCCUCAUCGUCAUCCUCCUCCAACUCACUGGAUAGUCAAACAGGAAGAAGGAUCGGUGACUGCUACAGUAUGCGGGGAGCUGAAUGCAGCACCCUUCCCAGCAGCAAAUUCCGUAGGCACCGGCACAGCCACAAACCACAACCAAACUUGGACCACCUUUUAGGAGCCUUCACCACAAUGGAGCUACGAGGGAUCACCAGAGACCGUCAAGGUGCAGCUGGCCCCUCCACCGCUUCCACUACCAUGACUCCAGGAGCCGUCGCGCCCCUUUCCGACAAAGAACCUCUACUUGGAAGAGCGGAGUCCACCACCAUGCUGGGCCGUCUGCUCGGGCUCCCCCAGGAAGGGAAACCCAAAAGGAGCCAUUCGUUUGACAUGGGUCAUGUGGGGUCGACACAGUGCCGUGGCAGCUAUCCUCGCAGGAUCAGUAACAUUUGGACGAAACGCAGUUUGUCAGUGAAUGGCAUGCUACUACAAUACGAUGACAAUGAGGAUGACAAGCCGAGUUUAGAGAGCUCUGAGUGGGUGAUGGAGAGCACGGUUUGAGUACUACUGGGCGGAUUGCACUGGGCCAAACAAUGCUAACUACUUAAUCUAAAUCAUAGACAUGAUCAAAAAGGGAGAACUGUUCCACAUGGGACCAGUUUUUGUGUAUUACAAUUCAACCGUGUCAUUUUUCAACAAAAUUCUGAACUCAAGACAGUCUUGGACUGUAUAUAGAAAAUAUUUCACCUGUCUUGAGUUUUGGCUUGCACAGAAAUGGUCUGGAAUACUUUCUCUCAACUUGGCACAUGAGAGUCUCACAAGAAAAGAGGAGAAACUCUGAGUGGAUUUACCGCGUCUUAUCAAAUGAAUUGACUGCCAAGUGGAUUUGCCGCAGUUAUGGUGAAUGGGGUGUACUUUUGUGUGACCCACUGCGUGAAAUAAGACUACUGCCACAGUUGAUCGGAGGACCACAGGAUCACAAUGGAGGGUGGG